AUGGAUGCUGUGAAGAAGGUGGCAAAGAAGCUGAAUCUGACUAAAAGCUACAUCCUUUUGAAGGACAAACAAAUGAAUGAUGCAACCUUUGUCAAAAAUCUACACAAAACAGUCAAACAUGUUGUGGAGAACACACAGGUGAAGAUGCAAAUUGAGCAGAUGGCUGACAUUGCCCAUGAAUUGGGAGUCUUGGUUGAUGAAGAUUGUCCAGAGUGCCAGACUGCAAAGACAAAUGCAGAUGCCAUCACUGGAAAAAUUAAACAUAUCCCAAAAUACAAAGAUACUCAUCUACCCCUGCAUGGCGAAAUAUGGAAGAAACUGACUUUCUUGGAGAAGGAAGAUUAUCGACUUCGGAAAGUUGGGAAUCAAAACAUAGAAAUGUACAAAAGUGAUCUUCACAAAGAAAAAGAAGAACUCCGGAAAGAGCAGAACUUGUAUGAUCUGUCUGAAGCAAUGACAUGUUUCAUCAGCGCAAUAUCAAUACCAGGUAUUGAGAGGAGUUAUUUCCUGAAAUGGAUGCGAAUGAACCUUGAUAAUCUGUCUCGACAGAAACUGUCUGGCCUCAGAGAGGGAUACAAAAACAAAAAGAAAAGUUCUGAAAACAAGGAGGAAAUCAAAGAAAUUGACCGGCAACUUUCUAACAGCUCACUUGGGAUUGAACACUUCUUCCGUGAGAUGGGUCAGAUCUAUGAAGCUUCAGUUUCCCUUCCAGAAUCAAGUCCGUCACGCCAACAGUUCAAACAUCUGCCCAGACUAUGUGCAGGGUUGUUGCUUGAUGGAUUUCCCCUUGAGCUUGUAGAUGGUGAUGCAUCUAAUAUACCUCUCAGAUGGGUGACUGAUGUUCUGUCUCAGCUCAAUGACUUGGUGUCUCCAAAGAGCAAGUUAUUGGUAGUCACAGUUCUUGGAGUUCAAAGUACAGGGAAGUCUACUCUCCUAAACACCAUGUUUGGAGUUCAGUUUGCAGUCAGCAGUGGUCGGUGCACUCGAGGUGCCUUUAUGUUGCUCAUCAAAGUAAAUGAAAAUGUCAAAAAAGAACUCAACUGUGACUUCAUGUUGAUCAUUGACACUGAGGGCUUAAAGUCACCAGAGCUUGCACAACUAGACAAUAGCUAUGAGCAUGACAACGAGCUUGCAACACUUGUUGUGGGGUUGAGUGAUAUCACUAUCAUCAAUAUCGCAAUGGAGAAUUCAACAGAAAUGAAGGACAUCCUACAGAUAGUUGUGCAUGCAUUUCUCAGGAUGAAAGAGGUGGGCAAAAAACCCAGAUGUCAGUUUGUUCACCAAAAUGUGGCAGAUGUUUCGGCCCCUGAGAAGAACUUACGAGAAAGAGAACUGCUCCUAGAACAGUUGAAUGAGAUGACCCAAGCAGCAGCCAGAAUGGAAAAGAAGGAGGAGAACAAGAGCUUCACUGAUGUGAUGGAGUACAAUCCAGCCACUGGAAACCAAUACAUCCCAGGACUCUGGAAUGGAAGCCCCCCAAUGGCUCCAGUUAAUGCAGGGUACAGUGAGGCCGUUUAUGAGCUCAAGAAGAAUGUAAUUCAGAUUUUGGUAUCUUCUGCUAAUGAUAUCUUGGAGUUUACAGAGUGGAUAAGAAGCCUGUGGAAUGCUGUCAAGCAUGAAAACUUCAUCUUCAGCUUCAGAAACAGCCUGGUGGCUGAUGCAUACAUGAGGCUCUGCACAGAAUUCAACAAAUGGGAAUGGGAAUUCAAGAAAGAAAUGUACUCAUGGACAAACGAUGCAGAAAUAAAGAUUUCUAACUUUGGCAAAGUGAAAAGUGAAGUGUCUGACAUUGAACAACUUGAUUCUGAACUUCAACUCACUGAUUUGAAAUGUGACGCAUGCUUAGAACUGUCUAAAUGGGAGAGAAAGCUUCUUGAAAAUCUAGAUAAGUACUUCAAGCAAACAGAGGGUCAACUUGUUGAAGCAUACAGAGAAGACUUUGCUAACAGUGCUAAAAGCCUUCGUCGAGAAAUGGAAAGCUCUGUACAUAACCAACUCACAGUUGCAACAGACAUCCGAAAGGGAAUGGUGGAGAUUGAUAAAAUCAAGGUGAACCACACAAAAGAAGGAGAAAAGAGAGUAGGUGCAUUGAUUGAAGAAUGCCACAAGAAAAAAGUGGACAUGACAGACAAAAAGCUGGAUGAAGAAUUUGACAAGAUGUGGAAUAAAAUGGUAAAGGAACAAGUCCUUUACAAACAAGAGACCAUGGAUGUCAUCGGAAAUGUGUUCUACUACCUGAGAAACAAUCUAUCACACAAGGGGAGUCAUGUCUGUCAAUUGUUAAGUAAAACAAAACUGCAAGAUUGUGGAAAGAUGCCUUUCAAAGUCUCAGCUGAAGGAUUCUUCAACAGUACAUUUUACAGAUUGAGCAAAUACUUCAACUGGAAAGACCACGUCAUGGUGCUACAACAAAUAGCUGACGGUAUCAUAAUGGAUUGUUCACAGUUUGUGAAAGAAAAAAAGGGAAAGAAGAAACAACUACCACAACACUUUCAUCCAGGAGAUCCUACACAUGAUUGAUGAGAGUCUGAAAAACCAGAAGAAUGUCAAGAUUGAGAUAGAAUUUGAGGUUUCUCUGAAACAACACAUCUGCGCAGUUGCAGCUCGAGAUUUUCAGGAAAUGCAUGAAGAUUUCAUUCAGCUGAAUGAUCCCCACAUUUGUC